AAGAAGAAGGAAUCGACCACUUCCUGCCGGGGACUGUACUGGCGGUGCUGAAAGCGAACCACCGUACAUCCUCACAUAGUCGGCGAAUGAUCGUGCGUAAAGAAGCUACAAAGUCUUAUUUAUAGACUUUUUCCUUUAGUGGACACCCAGAACCCGCGGAGGUGCCAACACGAUUGCCAAACAUGGCCCAUUUAACGAAGAACCCUGCCGACAAGGAACGGUUCAUCUGCGUCUAUCCCGUCUACAUCAACAGUAAGAAGACUCUGGCCGAAGGACGAAGAAUCCCUGCCGAGAAGGCAGUGGAGAACCCGUCGUGCGCGGAGAUCCGCGACGUCCUGACAGCCGCCGGCGUGAACGUCCUGGUGGAGAACAAAAUGCAUCCCAGAGAGUGGAACCGCGACGUACAAUUUAAAGGUCGAGUCAGAGUUCAGCUGAAGGAGGCGGACGGCAGCUUGUGUCACGAUAAGUUCUCCUCGCGCAAGGAGGUGAUGCUGUACGUGUCCGAGAUGAUCCCCAAGCUGAAGAGUCGCGCGCAAAAGAGCGGCGGAGGCGAGAGCAGCUCGCAACAGGGCGACGGUGGAAAAAAGACCAAGAAGAAGAAGAAGUGACGCCGCCUCCGUUUUGUCCUCCCGACAUCCCUUUUGGUCAAGAGCGGAUGGUUUGCAUCCGGCCUCAAAGCGGACGGAACUCCUCGCCACACUUUGUUGUAUUUUGGAAACUUUUGCGAGUGCCGCGAAGCGCCGCAUCCCUUCCCCCCUCAGAACUUUUCUUUGGUUUAAAACGGAAGGAGCAAGAGUGUGACGUCAGAUUUUUGAAAGAAUGUUUCUUUGGUUCAAUUCUUACAGGACAACAUUAAAAAGUUUUGAUGAACUGCA